AUAUCCUAUGUCGUAAUGUAGUGAUAUGUUGGGUCGUGUUUUGCGAAGGUUUGUUGUACAGGUAUGCGGAAUGGAAAUUCAAAGCGAUUAUUAGAGAAGCCUCAUUGACAUUUCAUGAUGUGAUUCGGCCUAAUCGAUGCGUUGCCUUUCUUCCUCCUCCGCGUCAUGUUCUGUGUUGUCCUUGUUGGACCCGCGGAAUGGUCUCGCGCUCUGCCCAGGAGCAUGGCAGUGGCUCGACGGUUCAUAGUCAAAUGGAUUCUCUGGAGCACCCUGGUUCUUGAUCCGUUUUCAAAGAUCGUAGGCCUCCGCAAGGCUUUGUUCUUGGGGCCGAGUAUCCAGUGGUGGACUCCUGAGAUCCGCGUGUGCUUUGGUGAGGUAUGAUCCGACAAGCGGAGAGAACACAGUCGACUUCAAGGAAAAGU